AUUUCUUUGAUUGCAUAGUAAAAAGUACGUACUUAUAUUUCUAGCGCAGACUUUACAUCUAAAGAGUCUAAUCGCAAGAAUAAUUUGAAAAUCAUCAUAAUGGCCGAGCCUGAAGUUAGUCACGGUCGCGGAGGUAUGUUCUGUUUGCAGUCGCAGUCAAAGGAGGGAAAUCCUAACGUCAUAGCAGGCGCUGGAAAUAUUGGAGCUGAUUCCACUCCGUAUGCAUAUACUUUCUCCCAUCGCAACUUUUACGCAUUCGUGAUCCAGUAUGAGGCGGAAGUUUUCGACAAAUAAACUAAUGGACCCAAUAGAUAUGUUGAUGGUGAAAUCGUUCGCCAAGGACCAGCGGGAGAUCAUGGUGAUGGAGCAUUUAGCGUCGGUCGAGGAGGAGCCGCAAACAUCGGUUCACCUGGUCUCCCGGCUACCAAACGUAGCGAUGCGGAUAGUAUUCCAGAAGCUGCAUUAAGACCUAGUACUGAUGGUGAAAAUGUGCACUUUGGGCGAGGUGGUGAGGGUAAUGUGGUUAAUACGACGAAGCCGGGUGUAGAACAUCCGAUUGGAUUGGCGGAUAAGUUGAAGAAUAAGUUGUUCAAGAAGAAAGCUCAUUCUACCGCCAAAUGAGUGGCUGGGAAGGAGGAUUUUGUUUCGAGAGCUUUGGAGAGGUUCUUUGGUUUGGUUUCGCUGGGGGUUGUUAAGAACUCUGGUUGAUUAUAUUUGAGGGCUUGAUUAAUGAUUUUCGAUAUUGGAGAGGGGAGUUUUCAUAUCCUCCUGGGAGGAUGGGGGGAUAAAAUGAUACCCGAUUAUGGCUUGUGUCUGGGAUUGAGGUCGUUCGACUCGCUAUUUACGAGAGAGAAGUUGUU